GCUGUGACAGCGACCACUGGGGGUCCCACUGCAGCAACCGCUGUCAGUGCCAGAACGGGGCGCUGUGCAACCCCAUCACGGGGGCCUGCGUGUGCGCCCCCGGCUUCCGCGGCUGGCGCUGCGAGGACCCGUGCCCGCCGGGGACGCAUGGCCACGGCUGCCAGCUGCUGUGCCAGUGCCGCCACGGAGCCGCCUGUGACCCCCGCACCGGGGAGUGCCGCUGUGCGCCCGGCUACACUGGCGUCUACUGCGAGGAGCUGUGCCCGCCCGGGAGCCAUGGGGCCCACUGUGAGCUGCGCUGCCCCUGUCAGAACGGAGGGACCUGCCACCACAUCACCGGGGAAUGCACCUGCCCCCCGGGCUGGACGGGAGCUGUGUGUGCCCAGCCCUGCCCAGCGGGGACCUUUGGCCAAAACUGCAGACGGGACUGUGCCUGCCACCACGGAGGACAGUGUGACCACGUGACCGGGCAGUGCCACUGCUCAGCUGGGUACAUGGGGGACAGGUGCCAAGAGGAGUGUCCUGUGGGGACCUUCGGCUUCCAGUGCUCCCAGCGCUGUGACUGUCACAACGGGGGCCAGUGCUUGGCCAGCACGGGCGUCUGCGAGUGUCCUCCGGGCUACCGGGGGCCCCACUGCCGGGACCGGCUGUGCCCCGAGGGUCUGCAUGGGCCUGGCUGCUCCGAGCCCUGCCUCUGCCACAGCACCCACACUGCCAGCUGCCACCCGGUCUCAGGAGCGUGCACCUGCCAGCCGGGCUGGAUGGGCCCCCACUGCAACCAGUCCUGCCCCCCUGGCUUCCACGGCCCCGGCUGCAGCCUGCCCUGUCCCUGCCAGAACGGGGCGGGCUGCCACAGUGUCACCGGAAGCUGCACCUGUGAGCCCGGCUUCAUGGGAGAGACCUGCGAGGUCCCCUGCCCGGCGGGCACCUUUGGGCCCAACUGCUCCUCCUUGUGUAGCUGCGACAACGGCGGCCGCUGCUCGCUGGUGGACGGAGCCUGCACCUGCCCUGCAGGCUGGCGCGGCCCCGCCUGCUCGCUGCCCUGCCCCCGCGGCUGGUGGGGCCCGGACUGCGCGCAGCUCUGCGCGUGCGCACACGGCACCUGUAGCCCCCGCGACGGCACCUGCGCCUGCGCGCCCGGCUGGACAGGGGUGUCCUGCGAGCUGCCCUGCCCGGCUGGCACGUUCGGGCUGAACUGCUCUGAGCUCUGUGACUGCAUCCAUGCCGACAGCUGCGACCCCAUCACGGGCCACUGCUGCUGCCUGGCUGGGUGGACAGGCACCCGCUGUGACAGCACGUGUCCCCCAGGCUUCUGGGGACCCAGCUGCACCGCCUCCUGCAGCUGUGAGAAUGGGGGCGUCUGCUCCCCCCAGGACGGCAGCUGCGAGUGUCUCCCUGGAUUCCGAGGGCCCCUGUGCCAGACACCCUGCCCCUCCGGGCUCUUCGGCCCCGGCUGCGCCCAGCCCUGCCCCCCCUGCCAGCAUGGCCGCGGUUCCUGCCACCACGUCACUGGCGUCUGCGUCUGCCUGCCCGGCUUCUCCGGAGCUCUCUGCGACCAAGGUACCGUCCCCACGUCCCCCACUGGCACCGCAGGGCACAAGGGGCAG